CUUUAGAGCAUUUCAAUGAUAUGAAAACCAGAUAUGGUCAUUUAGUAUAUCAUGUCUUCUUAUCAAAAAUAGAAAAAUAUUGACAUGUUAUGUUGAAUAUAAGAAAAAUAAUCUGUUCUGAGAAACAUCACCCUCUAAAAAUGCCCCCAUGAAAACAGCCGUUUAACAGUUACACGUAGGUAGACAUUUUUCGCAAAGAAUAAAACUUAUUCCAAGAAAUUUACAAUGAAAAUGGUCUAGAUCUAUUCUCAAUACUAUAAGCAAUAAACAUAAGCCAAAAAUUUAACUGUCACCUCCUCAUGUCACUUAUUAUACCAGAUUUCAUCCAUAGCAUGGAACUACAUUUUGGACUACUUCACAUGUAACACUGAGUAGUCACUUCCGGUUUGGUGUAAUCCGUCCUGCUAAGGAAUUAGCACGGAGUAAAAAGGUCUAUAGACUAGUAGUUGAAAGUAUUGUUGAAUCCACGAGAUAUGGUUACCUCCUUUUAUGGUUCCAACUGUAUAAUUUAUGAGCAGAAUUGACAUUAAGUGUUUCUCUAACCAUGUGAAGUCUAAUUUAUAUCUCUGUUUAACUCAAAAGUUUCUAAGGACAUAAAUUAUCAAAUGGAAGUGAAUCAAUUCGAACACUGCACAUUGAAUCAUGCGUUGCUAUGAAGCCUUAUGUUUACAGUUUACGGUUGACAAGCGCGCUCUCAUCAAUCUGUUUCCAUUCCAGUUCUAGGCACCAGACUCACAGGAUCAACAUGAAAACAACGCGAUUAUUUCUCAUAUUCGUGUUAGUAAUAUUUGUAAACUUUCUUCAAGGACUAAAUGAUAUCAGUUACAGUCGUGUUCAUGUUCUUGAUGGAAACUAUUGUCCUGACGGUAAUGUGAUCAAGGAAAUCAAGUUCGCGUACAGGAUGCAAUGUUUGGUUCUUUGCUCGGAACAAUCCACAUGUAAUGGCGUGUUUCUUCAUCUUGAUGAGACAAAAUGUGUGGCUUGUUCAGCAAAGUAUUUCGUAAAAAACGACACGCACAACUCGAACAUUGGUUCUACAUUCUACAAGCGCGGUGAAAAGUCGACUGAAACCGGAGACACUGGGCGGGUAUCAGUGUUUUGGUUGAUAAAGCAGGGCAUGACCUGGGACGAAGCAAAGAAGUCAUGCGAGGAGCUAGGCGGCCAGUUGGCAACAGUAAAAUCAAAAGAGGAGAACGAUUACAUAGCGCAAAAUGUUCUUGCUGGAUAUGUAUAUUCAGGUGAUGUCGAAGUGUGGACUAGUGGUACAGGACUUGGUGGAACAGAAAGCACGUUUAAGUGGUUGGAUGGAACAAAUGUAUCAGUCGGAUACACAAACUGGAAACCUGGUCAACCAUACCAUUCUAUGGGACAAGUACCCGUAUGUAUCAAAAUGGUACCAACGUCGAACUGCCAAUGGAACGAUGAUGAUUGCAAUGAUGAAUUCUAUAGCCUGUGUGAAUUGGAAUAAAAUGAAUACAAUUUUUAUUUCAACAAAUUUUCAACGACCAUUCAGACCUGAUAAAAGUAUAUGUUUGGUUUGCCUUACUGUUUUCGAAAGCGUUGCUUAACAUUAACUUAUCAUAGAAUGUCUAAACGCUGGUGAAGUUAUAUGAAACGUUUUUGCACUAAUUGUUUCGGUGUCAGGCGUAAUACUUAAUUAUUUACCGAUGGAAAAAGAUCUACAUCAUACUUGUUUGCACCAAAAUCAUUUCAAAACCUCAUCAAUUGCUUAAAAGGUAACAAACAUUGUCAUCUUAAAAAACAUCAUCUCUAUGAUAAAACGUUCGAUGGAAAAUACGUAACAAAAUAACAACGAUGCAAAAAUUAUAAAUGAAAACAAGUAUUAUGUAACACUAUGUAUUUUGUCAAAGAAUUAAUCGUUCGACAAUUUGAAAAGAGAGAAUACAUGAUUAAUCGCACGUGUUGUAAAAAAUGUUUUUAACAUUGUUUUACUUAUAUUUCUAUAUUGACAUUAUAAAUUCUAAGCUUAUUAAUAUAUCUCCUUUCCAACGUCAAGAAAAAAUGAAUGUAUUUAUUUAUUUAUUUAGGUUUUACGGCGCACCAACACAGUAUGGGUUAUAUGGCGCUAAACAGGACUACAAAGUUUGGUUUCACAUCUCAUUUACAUCGAAAUAAAAACAUGAGGUAUGGAAUCAAAAUUUGCAUAACUGCUGGAAUCACAGUUACAGCAAAACCAAGUGUUGAGACCCUAUUAGUCGCCUCUUACGAUCGUGCAAGGGUAAGGCAGUGGUUCCAAUUAUUUUCAUACAUAGAUCGUCCCAGAACCACAUGGGCCAAAAAAAAAAUAGUAAUGGUUUGCUUAUACUCAUGUACACAGACCAAAAAAGACAUUGCAUUCAUUAUACUGAACUAGAUAUUGAAUUUGAAAAAGAAAACUUAAUAAAAGGUACUAGCGGUACUGAAAAUGAAAAUCUAUAGAUGUGCAAAGAGUAAAUAUCUUAUAGAAUUAUGAUAAAAAAUCCAAAGACAACUACAUGCUGAUACGUGGUCCCCUAUGCUCCUCCAUUUAUUAUGCAUAUUACGAAGUUUAACAUCUUUUAUUUACAGCAUUUUACGAUAUCUAAUAAUGUAAAGUCUAAAAAUUACCAGGGCCAUAGUUGUUCAUGUGUGCUGCGUUCAACGAACAGAAAGUCUGCAAUAAUAUACAUGUUGUAUUGAUAAAUCUCGUUUAUAUGCUUCCAAGAGUCGUCUAGAAUUGAUUACAUAGCACAGAAAAUAUCCUAUUCUAGUUCGAUAUCGAAUUAUAUAGCCCUUGUGUGUUAUUUGCUGAAAUAAAGAGAUUAUCUUACUGAUCUGUUCCAUUAUUCCCUUAUAAGACAUACUGCACAUCUGAAACAGAUCCACCAUGCAGGAUGUUGAAAACAAGUGGGUGUAACAAAGAGAUAAUUGGACAUUUGAUAAAUUAUGUAGAGAUUUUGCAAAAACCAACUGAAAUAUAUAAAUUUUUGAGACAGACGCCACAGUAGUGUUCGGUCAUCUGUUUUUCGAUUUUCAAGUGCUACAAACAAUUCGCUCAGUCCAGACUUGCUAAAAGUCAACGAUGGUCGAGGAAAAACAAAAUAUCCGUGAUUUGACGUUAACGUCAAUCUAUGACGCCGAGGAAAAGGACCAACUACUCAAUGUGCAAACUUAAUAAAAGCAUUUCGCAAACAACUUUGAGACGUUGUUAACGUCGUUGAAAUAUUACCACCGUGUGCCGCGUUCGUGAAAGUUACUGUUUUCAAGGAGGCAUAACUUCUGACUAUAUGAUAUAAUCAUGUCAAAUUUGCAGAGAAAUUAGUAGAAAGACAGCGAAUUGUGAUGGUGUAUUCCUUGUUAUACUUCAUUAAAGUAUCUAAAUAUAUGAUACAAAGUCUACGAAUUUUUUAACAGCCCUCGUACAAAUGAAAUCUUGAAGUCUGUGAAUAAAUGUACUUGGUUUCGUGAAUCAUAAUCUCAGAUAUUCAUUUUUUAUUUCAAUUUAUUUUAUUUACUAGUUGAUUUUUGAAAAAGUUUCAUUUAUUAAUAAUCU